AUGCCUCCGGCCGCGGACUACCACUACCAGGGCCCCUCAUUGCCGAUCGCCUCUCUGGGACGGUCCCUGCUCAGCAUCGGGCGUGAGCAGAUGCAUUCCAUAGACGCCCACCACGGCGGCGCGUGCCAGCAGGAGCACGAACCGGACUCCUUCCAGAAGCACGUCGCCGACCUCUUCUACAACCUCGGCGUCCCCUGCGCCGCCUCGCCGGCUAGCGGCGGCGGGAGGAAGGAGCAGCUGCUGUGCCUCAGCUGGACCCGGAGGCUCCUGGAGGCCUUCCUCGCCUGCCAGAAAGAGUUCCGGGCCGUCGUCCUCGAUAGCCGUGGUGCGGCGGCGAUCUCCGGGUCCCCCGUCGAGCGCCUGCUCGCAGAGUUCUCGGAGCGCAGCGUCAAGGCCCUCGACGUCUGCAACGCCGUCCGCGACGGCAUUGAGCGUCUGCGGCGGUGGCGCAAGCUCCUCGAGAUCGUCCUCGUGGCGCUCGAGCCGAGCCGGCGGGGCGUGGGGCUGGGCCAGCUGCGCCGUGCCCAGAAGGCCCUCGCCGAGCUUGCCGCCGCCAUGCUAGACGAGAAGGAGACCUCGCCCCUUCUGGGGCUACGCCACCGCUCCUUCGUCCGGCACGGCGGCGCCGGGAAGGACCAUCACCGCCCCGCGGCCAGCCACGCGCGGUCCCACUCCUGGAGCGUCUCCCCGUCGUGGUCCGCAGCCCGGCAGCUCACCGCCAUCGGCAACGGCCUCACCGUCCCCCGCGGGAGCGACGCCAUCGGCGGCGGCGGCGGCCUCGCCGCCGCCCUCUACGCCAUGAACUCCCUGCUCCUCCUCGUGGCGUGGGCCCUCGUCGCGGCGGUGCCCUGCCAGGACCGCGGCGGCGUACACGGCCACUUCUCCUUCCCCCGCAGCUUCCCGUGGGCGGCGCCGGCGACGCUGCUCCACGAGAGGAUUAUGGCGGAGUCGAAGAAGCGGGAGCGCCAGACUUCCGGCGGCCUGCUGAGGGAGAUCCAGCAGAUGGAGAAGUGCUCGCUGCGCCUGGCGGAGCUGACGGAUCCGAGCCAACACCCUCUGGCGGAGGAGAAGGAGGAGGAGCUGAAGCAGCUGGUGGCGGAGCUGUCGCAGGUCUGCGAUUCCCUGAGAGAGGGGCUUGACCCCCUGGAACGCUUGGUGAGGGAGGCGUUCCACGGGAUCGUCCGUAGCAGGGAGGAGAGCCUGGACUGCCUGGGGCAAGCUGGUGCCUGA